CUCGUCUCCGCCCUCUUUCAUUUCCGAUUCUUAAUUUCUCCCGCAUGCAAAAAUUCUCUUGAUCAAAGUACGUACGUACGUACGUGGAUACAAUGACGACGACGACGAUUACAGUAGGGAGUGUGAGCGCAGCGCGGGGAAGCCAGCGUUGGGUGUCGUGCCAAGUGAUCGGAGGCAUGUUGUUGGUGCAGACGAUCGCGUCGGGGAUGUUGCUGCUGUCCAAGGUGAUCCUCAACGGCGGCACUUUCGUCUUUGCACUCCUAACGUACCGCCACGUGGUCGCUGCUCUCUGUGUGGCCCCGUUCGCCUUCUUCCUAGAAAGGUCGCCGGAAAUCAAGAGCAAGUUGCGGUGCUGGCCGGUCUGGUUCUGGCUAUUCAUCAACGCCAUCACCGGAUUAACGUUGGCUUUGAGCUUAUACUAUUACGGCCUGCGGGACACCACGGCCACUUACGCCGUCAACUUCCUCAACUUGAUUCCGAUCGUCACCUUCGCCCUCUCCAUUAUCCUUCGAAUCGAAACGCUCGGGCUAAACACCUCAGCCGGCAAGAUCAAGACCAUCGGCGCCAUCCUAUGCGUCGCCGGCGCGCUCACCGCCUGCCUAUACAAAGGCAAAACGUUCCACCUCUUCCCCCAUAACCACCGCCUUUCCGAUGCAAUUAGCGCCGCUAAUCACGCGGGUUACAACACCGAAUCCGUCGCUAAUGAUCAUCACAACCCCGGAAGCGGAAGCAGCAGCUGGGUGGGUGGGACCCUCAUGCUGACGGGGAGCUGCGUGUCGUACGCCACGUGGUACAUCGUCCAGGUCAAGGUGCGGGAGCUGUUUCCGUACAAGUGCUGGGCCACCAUGCUGACGUGUUUCCUCUCGGCGGUUCAGUCCCUUGGGGUGGGCGCGUGCGUGGACCGGAGCCCCCGCGCGUGGCAGCUGGGUUGGAACCUCCAGCUCGUGACGAUCCUCUACUCCGGCGCGAUGGCCUCCGCGGCGACGUUCUGGCUCAUCUCGUGGGCCGUGGCGAAGCGCGGGCCCACCUUCCCGCCCAUGUUCAACCCGCUGACCUUGGUCUUCGUGCCGAUCUUGAGCGCGUUGCUGCUCGGCGAGCAGCUCAGCGUCGGAGCGUUGCUGGGGAUGGUGAUAAUACUGGUGGGGCUUUACUCGUUUUUGUUGGGGAAGGCGAAGGAGAUGAAGCUGAAACGGCAAUUGGAAGGGAGUGACGAUGAGCGGCCGAAUUCCGCCGGAGGUGAUCCGGAAGCCGGAUUGGGAGGAGCGGUUGCCAUGACUAGCCGGCCGGGAAACUGCUAGUUAGUCCGGCAAAUGUGAUUCACAGGGAAAUAAUUAACCUUGGACUUCUAUUAGAUAGUUGUUUUAUUAUAUAUAAUUGUGUUGAAUUAACUUCUAACCAUGAGUUUGACUCGAUAUAUAUGCACAUUUGUAAAUCUCGAUGUAAUUUGUCUCAAUUGUAUGCGAUUGCACGUAUUAUCAAUGGAGUUAAGUCUAAACUUGGAAGUAGGAGGGAAUAUAGUAGCUCUUUCUCAAAUUUGAAAUGUCGGUAAAAUUAUAUGUACAAUUAGUAUCAAAUUUAUAAAAUAGAGUAUAGUCGGU